GUGAUUCGCGUUUGGUCUGUCGCAGAUUCGAAGAACAAAAAAUCAAGCUGCGUUACCUUUUCAGCUUGUCCUCUGAAAGGAUUCCCUUGUCAGAGUGGUUUUUAUCGAUUUCCAAAUGUGUACUUAAUGUGUACAGUAGUGUAAAGCGUUUUGCUGAACGUUUUGCUGACCUGCCAAGAAAAACAAAACGGAUUAUAUCAUCUAAAUACAAUAUUUGUCUCUGGUCGAUGUUUGACGUUCCAAAUGUUUCCUACAAAAUGUUUCCCUAUCUGCAAUAAAAUUUUUUCCAUGGGAAAUCAAAAACUGAAAUUCCACCAACUCAUGGCUACAGUAUCCUCUAAUUCGAUUAGAGAGCCCUAUAUAAAAAUGAGCAUUCGUUUAUCAUGUCCACAGUAUUCUGAUCGAGAUGGCGGAUGUUUGUAUUGGGCAAAUGUGUUUGUCUUUGUGCUUCUUCUGUUUUGAUGUAUUUCGAACUGAUACAACCUUUCAUUUUAAUGGAAAACUGACAUGUGGCACUCAAGGAGCUCCGUUUAAAGUCAAUUUUUUGAGUGUUUAUGAGAGAGAUCUUAUAAAAGACGAUUAUCUCGGAACAAUCCAAAACUUUGAGAAAGACGGAAGCGGAUUCAAGUACGCCAUCGAUGUUAAGGACAAUGGAGACGGACCAUUCAAUGAAGUCUAUGAAAUCUUCUUUGUAAUUCAACACGACUGUACUCCAGACCGUCAAUUAAUUAAUCAACGAGUGUCAAUGACCGGAUUCCAAGUUAUGAAUGGACAAUUCUAUCACACGCUGGAUAUCGAUUUGCAGAAGAGCAAAAGACGAUUGGUUUAAAAUUGAACAGAAUGUAAAUUAAAUGAACGUUUCAAGCAAGCAUUUAAUCAUAAAAUUAUCGAUAAAACGGAAAAGUUA